UCUCAAAGAAACAGAAUAAGAAGCAUCACUAUUUUUGUAGUGUGUGGAUAAAGCUCUGCGUUCGUGUUUACACACCAAAACUCGCCAGUCAAAGUCUUGGGAAGCACCGAGGCAGCAGUGUAACUUUUGGCUGCCAUGACCUUAGAAGAGAGUAACAUGGAACAGUCCAGGUCUUCACAGAAGAAGAGGCGUAAUUCUGGGCACAAUCAGAAUGUUAAACAAACAUAUAAGAUGAAGAAAACAGACUCUAAAGAUGAGAGGAUGCUGGCUGACACAUACUGUCAGACGGUGACAAUGCAGCUUAAAAUAGAGGAAAACACAACUGAAGACCUGACCAACAACAAAAGCAGUCAAACCGAGCCUGGAAACAACUUCAACCAACCAACUCUCAUGGGUCCAAAGCCUGCUAACAGAACCCUAGUGCAUUCUACUGAACUUGGAGACCCACCCCUGCUUCGGCUGCCACAGCAUUCCACUAUGACUGGAAUUCAGCAAAUCAUUGAUUGUUUUCGCUCAGGUACGGUUCAGGCUAAACUUACUCUACUGAAUGAGGUGGAUACCAUUUUUGAGUGCCAACUUUGCCGAAGUCUCUUCCGUUGUCUUCCUAAUCUGCUUGAGCACAGGAGGUUCUACUGCUUGUCCAAGCAACCUGAACCAGACGACCCCUCACAGGUUAUAAAAGAUCUUCUAGAGGCUGUUUUCCCACAAAGAAAUCAUGAGGAGACGUCACCUGUCAGAGCCAUCCCCAAUCCUGUGUGUCAAGACCGUCCUAAUUCCCACCAUCAAAACUCUGUAUCCCAGAAACUGUGUUGCCGCGAACCUGUUGUGGUCCUCAGAAGGUUCCAGCAGCCACCUGCUACACUUAAAAAAGUAGGUCCAGUUUCCCAAAAGGCAGGGGGCAAUGAGCAGAUUGAGAGAAAGGAUAGUGAAGAAGAGGGCUUUCUCUCAAAUGUACAAGAGACAAUGACAUCAGCAGAGUUUGAACAAGCAGAAAGCGAUUUAGAAAAGGACACUGUAUCUCCAUCACAUCUCAAAAAGCAGCGUUCAUCCUCCCAUAAGGCAGUCCAUGUUAAGCUGGGAAGGAGAGACAGAGCCAAAGAUAACAUACAACAUGUUCCCACUCUGAAAAAGCUCUUUUGCUGUAGGGUGUGCAAGAGGAUGUUCAUUUCCCACCUAAUGAUGUCAAGGCACAUGAACAUUGACCAUAACAUCAGGACAUUACAAAAAGACUCUGUGAAUAAAGCCAAAAGAAAAUCUGCACCUGGAUGUAUGGAGGGAAAUGGUGAGACCUGUGAGGAACCCCUGUCAUCUGUUGGUAAAAGGUGUCAUGUAUGCCAGAAAUCCUUGGAAAAGAAGGGAAAUGUUCAUUGCCAUUGUAUUGAGGUGCGCCACGGCUUAAAGCAAGACUGCACGACACCUACACCACACCUCUCAACUCAGACUACACCUGUUCCUCAACCCAGUUCAAAGCCUGUUAAAGAGAGUUCAUCCUCCCAAGAGGCAGCACAAUUUAGUAAGGUAGGUUUCAUGCCCUGGAUGAAGGACCUUUUUUGCUGUGGCCUGUGCAAGGGUAGGUACAGCUCCCAGGUGCUGCUGAUGAAACACAUGAGCAUGGCCCAUAAGUUCUUUGUGUUAGAAAACAGUAAUGCAGCCAGCCGUACUCCCCCUCCAAGGAAAGCAAAAACAAAAGUUGAGCCUGAAGAUAAGGCUUUUGAUAAUGUGAGGGUCUACUGUUGGCUCUGUGGAAAGAGCUACUCUUCAAGGCAUUGUGUGCGCAAACACUGUCAUAGGUACCACAAACAAAAACUGAAUGAGAUUGACGUGCUUAUGAACGAAGGCACAGGGCCCCAAAGCCUUGCCCAUGAACUGCACUCUUUGGAAAAUGGUUUUGCUGCCAGCCACACACCCCCAACACCUUCACUUCUUGCAAGACAGCCAGAGUAGUCUUCCCUCUGCUUCACUGAGCCUGCAGCUGCCUAGGAGAGGGAAAAAAAAAAAACAAGGUAGCUAGUGAGGUCCUAAAAUAGUACUGACUGUGCCUGUCAAUAGAGAAGAUCAACAUGUAACAAAAUAGUCCAGUAUAAACAUGGAGUACAAUAAAAAAACAUGUAAUCAUGAAUCA